CCGUACGUCAGUCGCGUUCUUGUUGUUGUCUGUUUCGUUUGGUGGGCCAAAAAAAAUAAAAGAUUUGCUUUACGAAAGGUAGCAAAUAAUAUAUGUGCAGCGGUCACUGCAAGUGCUAAAUGGGUACAUAGUGCAUAUGUACACACAGCGACAUGGUCAUGGUCGAGGCCACGACGUCGGAGCUACGAUUAGAGGCCCCUAACUCGUACACGUACCUCCUGGCGACCCUAAGCCUGACGCUCACUUUCAUCGUGAUGCUGGGCGCUUGUCUCUGCUGCAAGAAGCGCAUCCCCAAAAAUGAUUUGAUGGGCCUGGAGGGCAUGGUCAAGCUAAAGAAUCCCGACGAGGUCAUCGUGGUCACAAACCUGGUGGGCAACAGCGAGUCUCAAGCGGAGCUGAACGCCUCCACAGUCUCGAAUGCAGACUCGGAAAAGCGUUCAAGUACUGCGGCCCAUCGCAGUCUACCUGACAUUCCAGUGGCCGAAAGCAAUGAUAAUGGGUCCGAACUAUACGAAACCGUGGCGGACAAGCAGCUGGUAGAUGAUCGCAACACCCGUAGCCAGAGUCCCCAACCGAGUAUGAAGAAGCAGACCAGCGUGUCGCAGCACAGUUCCAUCAGCCAGGCGGACGAUGUCAGCUCGCCGUAUUCGCGUGUCAAGGGUCUGCCGCAUGAUUACGCUAAGGUGCGUGGCACUGAGCAUCCCUACGCCCAAUUGAAUGCUCCAUCUACUUCUCAUGCGGCCAACCAUGGAUCAGCUGCAGCAGCUGCGGCGGCAGCAGUUGUGGCUGGAUCGUCUGGUGAUGGCAAUGAUCCCAUGCAUCGCAGUUCACAGCAUAGUGAGGGGUCCAGGGAGCACAAUGACUCGGCGCCGGCACAGGCUGAGAUUCCUGCUGCCUCGGCGAUAGCAGGCAUGAUUUCUGCUAGCCAGGAUCUCCCCUAUAUGACCCCGCCCAUUGCUAACCAGCAUUUUAGCGGCGACUCGCAGGACUCAUCCAAGGGAUACACAAGCAUUAGUGUGAGAGAACCACUCGCCAACAUUUUGGCCCAACAGCCACCAGGGAAAACGUCAAACAGAAACCCAGCUUUAUCGCGCGAUGUUAACGACUCGCAUUACGCCACCGUAUCCGACGAUUCUGAUGAAACAUAUGCCGCAAUUGAGGAUCCCAAUAAUCGACACCAGGUCAACGCCAUCGAUAUAUACACAAGCGGCUCGGAGACCUACGCACAAAUUCAGCCCAUGCAGGCCAAUCCGAUAGUGGUGGCCGUCGAGAUCAAUAACAGCAGCAGCCUUCCGACCGCAAGUCCGUCCGUCGUAAUAGCUGGGAGCGGAGCCAGUAGCGGAGUUCAUAGACCCACCAGUAGUAGUGGAGCCGAUCACGGCAUGCCGGCCCCGCCGGUGGACAGUUUGCGAGCCCAGAUGCACUCGCGUCAGGCUUCUUCCUCGUCAAACAACAGCACAACCGUCUGCAAUCUGGGCUCACCAAAGCCAGAGAAGCGCCAAGCCAACUCGCCUCUGCCACCAACGCCCAAGGCAAGUGUGGGUCAGUCGCAUCACCUACACGCCGGCAGCAUUAGCAACCUAACUUCCGGCAGAAACUCGGUAAUUUCGGUGAUCGAAACGGGUGGCGAAGGCCACGAAGCGGAGACUGGAGAAGCGUCACCGCAACGCAAACAUAGCAAGAGUCUUAGUCCCUCCAAAGAUGGCGAAGGCAAUAAAAACAUAGAGGGCAUGUACGCUAAGGUCAUGAAAAAGCACAAAUUUUCGAGGAACUCUCCCUCCUCGCAGAACAGCUCGCCCAUCCUGGCCCGAAAGCAGCAACAGGAUGCCUUGGGUGUGAGUCCAUUGGAUAGUGCAGCGGCAUUGUUAGUGGAUGCCCAGAAGGGUCGUGGACGAAGCAACAGCUACUCAGCCAAGGAUCACGGAUACGAAACUAUUCCAGCCGAUGGUCAGGUGAUGCACGAAAACCGCAAGUCUGAUUGCUAUGCAGCCAACAUGUUGCAGAAGGAACGACAGCAGGAAGGAGGAGCGAUUGCCCAGCCCGUUACGAUAGCAACAGCAAUUGCGAUCAGCGCCAGCACAAAGCACUACAAGACUAUUCUUAACCAGCCACAGCCACCGCCGCCGACCAGCAGCAACAACGAUCCAGGCUACGAGCAACUGCAACUGCACCCUGUUCCCGCGGGCGAGGAUGAGGCGAAAAAAUCGGACUACGAUCCUAACUAUGAGGUGCUCAAGAGUCGCGCCCACUCCGACGACGGCUAUGCAAAGGUGCUGGAGAAGAAGCGACCGCCGAACUCUGCUGAUGCCGCCGGCUAUAGCACCAUUCCAGGAGCGGAUGCCAAUCACAACUAUGCCAGCAUACUAGAGACAAAGGCCGCCGCGGAAACGGAUCACUAUGCGCGGAUAGCGGAAAGCGCAGUGGCUGGAACACCGGGCAGUGGUGGUAGUCGCCUGACUCUCACCUCGCCCAGCUCCACAUCCAAUUCCGUGUCACUCAACUCCUCAACGGUUGCCACCAGCACGCCGCAGUCCUCGCAGUAUGAAUCGCUUACGGGAACGGGUAGUGAAACGGAUCCCAAUUACGAGUCGGUGUGCUAUCUAACCACAGCAGCCGCCACUGCCACGAUCACAACGACGACGACGACCAGCACCAGCAGUGGAAUGGAGCCGGGCUACGAGCCGCUGCAGACGGAUCAGGAGUCCGACACGCAGGCGAGCAGUCCGCUGAGUGGGACAGCCUCCACGCCAAGCGAGCAGUUGCUGGUGGACGACUAUUUCCAGGUGUAGCCAGUUGAACAGAGUGACCAGUGAGCUGGAUCUCCCAUCAUCAGUUUUUUGCUAAGCAAUUCCUCACGCACAUAUCAUCCAUUCGAUGCACAGACCCCUCUCACUCACGCUUACAUCGUAGUUAGGAACGGCGCUCGCCAAGCGACAGUCUUAUAUUGCACUUUAGCGGGUCACUGACCCACGGGCAGAUCGGGACAGCAGCCAUCCCAUCGUAAUUCGCAUGCGGCCGGCAAAGCUUCAUAUCGGUUUGCCCUUUAGUAUAUAGCGUAGCUUUAGGUUGACUUUGUGUACAAACUAUUUGUAUGAUCAGCUCGACAAUUGCUUCCGGGCGAGGGUGGGUAAUCGCCCCAAGUAACCACUCGAUUAUUAUUAUUCUAUCUCAGUACCAGUGCGUCCUAUUUUAGGUAAAUUGAAUGCAGGGGCUCUCACUUGACGCGCCAUUUGUUUGAAAUGACAGGCACACCGGCGGUCGGCAGUGGGUUGUGCUUAGGCCAAUGAUAUUUAAAGGGCGGGCAUAAGGAGCAACCUAUAAUAUUAUACAUAUAUGUAUAUUAUAUAUAUUUUUAUAUGUUUUGGCGUUUUUGCUGCUUUUUACUUUACUGAGGUCCAGUAUAGGCGUAGGGAUAUACAACACAUAUUUACACACACAAUACCCACGAGAAGGCAAGCCAAGUAUUUGUAUUUGAUAAAUGUUAAUAGAACACUUCCAAGUAUUCAACCAACAAGAAACUAAGAUAAAAUGUUCAAUAAAUUAUUGAUGACACAAA